AUGGGCUACAAAUUAGACAGUGGAACAGGAAGCACCAAAUCCAAUCCCAGCAAGCGUCACAGGGAGCGUCUGAAUGCCGAACUGGAACACCUAGCCAGCCUCCUUCCGUUCGAUCAGUCGGUUAUCGCAAAACUAGACAAGCUGUCAAUCCUUCGACUGGCAGUAUCAUACCUCCGGAUGAAAGGCUACUUUCAAGCCGGGGUGCAUCGAAUCGAUGGCUCAGCAGUUCAGCCACUCCUCAUGGGCGAACAAAAACUCUCCGCUAUAAAUCAGCAGAAGCAGCAAAAGCAACUCGAAGCCAGUUUAUUCGAAGGCGACUUUCCACGUGCCCCGCCCCACCCCACCCCUCCGCCAUCCCUCAGUCCUCCCCCCCUCACACACACACACACACAUCACUCGAGAGAGAGAGAUGCAGUGAUAACGCGAGCGCGCGUGCGCGCGCGAACUCACCACCCUGCACCCAAACCAGAGGCCACCUUCAACAGACUGAGGCGGGUGCCGAGGCCUCUUACUUACGAUCACCCCAUGCUGGAACAGCACAGGCUUGUAUCUCACCUUUACCACUGUCCUCUUGAUAUUGUACAAAUGGAAGGAGAAGCCAGUUUACAAUCCGAUAUCUUGCACCAAAGCGUGAUGGAACUAAUUCACUCAGAGGACAGAGACGAGUUCCAUAGGCAGCUUUCCUGGCAAGCGAUGCUCCCUCUCGAACACCGACACCUCACACUGCAGGAGGUUCUUUCACCAGGAGUGGACCAAGAUACAGAAGGGGAAGGCGGGUCGCUGAAAGCAGCAACAGUGCUUCUGUACCACAGUGCCCGCUCUAUGUUCACUUUCAACGGGAACGAUGACUGCCGCAUCAAGGUGUACGACCUGAUUCACCCGGAUGAUCUUAGCUACGUGGCUCAGGGCCAUCGUGAAGUAUGCAAACAAGGCUCUAUAGGCCUCCUGUCACACCGUUGGCUCUCGAACACCGGGACUUGGGUGUGGCUGCAGUCGCGGCUAAGGGUGGUGUACAAGGACAAUAAGGCCGAUCAUAUCGUGGCGAUUCAUCGAAAAUUAGACGAUACGGAAGGUAAUGAACUUUACUACCGUCGAAACACAGAAUACAAACUCCCAUUUCCCCUUCUUGAACCCGAAACAUUGAUGUCUGAAGACGAUUCAGGUGAUAUCAACGGUAAUGAUAUAACAGUAAGAGAGGCUGCACCAGUCCCCGAAGUGAAACCCUUCACUGAUGACUCGUCUGAUCCUCAACUGAAGGCUUCGCCUCAGGUGGAGUCAGAAAAGGACGUGGGUUCUAGAAAGUUAUGGAACUCCUUUGAAAGCACAGGCCAGGAGACAAACAGCACAGCCGAAGUUAAGUCGCCGGGAAACAAAAAAUUUAAGGGACAACUGAAAAACUACCUUCAAACGACUCGUCGCAGGAAAACGCCCGUUAAAGCAUCCACUGUUGUAUCAAAGAGCAUGAGUCGUUCGGCGUCUAAUUACUAUCCAAACCUUGAGAGUGGCGGUUCGACUGCCGGCUGGCACAACUACCGAAACCUUUUAAGCAGAAAUUUUCUCGCCACGACAGCAACGAAAGAUGACUACGCUCAAACUUACGCCAUGUACGGUUAUACGGGCACCGCCGCGCGUCACAAUUGCGUUUAUCAGGGGUGGGACUUGGAACGCCCUAAAAUUGAGGAAGAUGCCUACUGCGGGAUGUUGGGUGGUGACCAUUCCCAGACAGCCGGUUUCACGUACGCCCUUCCUUAUGGAAACAGCGACUACAGCUCGGCUUACGAGGCCUACUCGGCCGCUGUGGCAGCUGCCGCCGUUGUCGCAGCAGCCAGCGGACAAGGCCAGUGCACUGACUACUGUGUACCAAAUACCCUGCUCCAGACGCACGAAGCUGACAUCUACGAUGGUGCAGUGCGGGUUAUUCGCAGCCCACUGAACUACAAUUUGGCGGCCGACCAACAUAGCUAUGUUGCUCAUCACCACCACCACUCCGCCCACAGCCACCAGCAACCCCUGACCUCGUUUUCAGGCUAUAUGCAGCAAAAAGAAGAGGACAGGGAGAAUAACGCUGGCUCGGUAUCUAAAUUGCCCUUGAAAACGGACUCAGAGGGGCGUGUGGUGCAGCCCCCGUGGUUCUCUCACAUAAACACCCUAAGUCAGACAAUCCCAGUCUGCGCGGAGAGAAAUUCGAAACCACCACCCCAAGCGCAGCUGACUGCUUACCAUCAACUCAACGGCACAACGAGGGAAAAUUCUGGGUUUAACCAUGACGGCGUUCUCGAUUCUGUUCAGUGCAGCAACCUUCUGCAAUGGAGCCACUUCGAAAAUAGAACGUCCUGCCUGGGUGACGCGAACAUAUGUGAGGCAGCAAAUUAUCAAGUCGGCUUUGCGACAACAACGUGA